AUGGCAUUCAAGUUUGUGAUCUUCGCCGCCGUGGUGGCCGUUGCCCGCGCUGGCCUCAUUGCCUCGCCAGCAGUUUCUUACGCUGCUGCUCCGGCCCUAGUCGCCGCCCCAGUGGCCAAGGUCGCUACCUAUGCUGCCCCGAUCGCCAAGGUGGCGUACGCCGCCCAGCCAGAGGAAUACGACGCGAACCCUCAGUACUCGUUCUCGUACGGAAUCUCGGAUGCCCUGACCGGAGACUCCAAGUCCCAGCAGGAAUCCCGCAGCGGAGAUGUUGUCCAGGGAUCGUACUCCGUCGUUGAUGCCGAUGGUCUGAAGCGCACUGUUGACUACACUGCUGACCCACACAACGGAUUCAACGCUGUCGUCCGUCGUGAACCUCUGGCCGCCAAGGUCGUCGCUGCUGCCCCGGUUGCCUAUGCUGCUCCUCUGGCCACCAAGACCGUCGUUGCUAGCCCGGCCAUCUCUUAUGCCGCUCCAGUAGCCAAGACCUACGUCUCGAGCCCAGCCAUCUCUUAUGCCGCUCCGGUGGCCAAGACCAUCUCGUACGCCGCUCCUCUGGCCACCAAGACCUACGUCUCGAGCCCAGCUAUCUCUUAUGCCGCUCCGGUAGCCAAGACCUACGUCUCGAGCCCGGCUGUCUCCUAUGCCGCUCCUCUGGCCACCAAGACCUACGUCUCGAGCCCGGCUGUCUCCUAUGCCGCUCCUCUGGCCACCAAUACCUACGUCUCGAGCCCAGCUCUCUCGUACGCCGCUCCUCUGGCCAAGACCUACGUCUCGAGCCCGGCUGUGUCGUACGCCGCCCCGGCCCUCAUUGCCUCGCCAGCAGUUUCUUACGCUGCUGCUCCGGCCCUAGUCGCCGCCCCAGUGGCCAAGGUCGCUACCUAUGCUGCCCCGAUCGCCAAGGUGGCGUACGCCGCCCAGCCAGAGGAAUACGACGCGAACCCUCAGUACUCGUUCUCGUACGGAAUCUCGGAUGCCCUGACCGGAGACUCCAAGUCCCAGCAGGAAUCCCGCAGCGGAGAUGUUGUCCAGGGAUCGUACUCCGUCGUUGAUGCCGAUGGUCUGAAGCGCACUGUUGACUACACUGCUGACCCACACAACGGAUUCAACGCUGUCGUCCGUCGUGAACCUCUGGCCGCCAAGGUCGUCGCUGCUGCCCCGGUUGCCUAUGCUGCUCCUCUGGCCACCAAGACCGUCGUUGCUAGCCCGGCCAUCUCUUAUGCCGCUCCAGUAGCCAAGACCUACGUCUCGAGCCCAGCCAUCUCUUAUGCCGCUCCGGUGGCCAAGACCAUCUCGUACGCCGCUCCUCUGGCCACCAAGACCUACGUCUCGAGCCCAGCUAUCUCUUAUACCUACGUCUCGAGCCCGGCUGUGUCGUACGCCGCCCCGGCCUACGCUUCCUACCACUAA